UUUUGCAAACUUUUCACAAACAGUGAAACUCACUUGCAGUAAAGAAUGUGUUUUGAUUUUUGCGUUUGAACUUUCGAAAUGAAUAUGUUCAUGUUGGGUCUCAUAACCUAACUACGUGUGUUGUUAUUAUAGUCACUUUUUAUAUGGGUUAUAAUAUUAACUCUUUAUUGCCAUUGUCGUGUACUACUAUUCAAUUUUUUUUUUAUAAAUCGACUGUCGUGGCCGCAACCGUGCAUAAUAUUUGAACGAAAUCUACUUGUUGGAAUUUUUUUUUUAACGUGAUCAUGAAGUUUAUAUAUUUUAAAAUUUUGUGAGAAGCCGUGUGGACUCAAACCAAGGAUGUAAAUUUUAGAGGUUAUGAAGUGUGAUGCAAGUUACGUUUGUCAGUGUCACUACGAUGUCGUUUGCAGUGAAGUCAAAACAUUUUUAAGUAUAUCGAUCACGAAGAAGCGAUUAGCACGUUUUUGAACUUCUUAUUAAUUUCGUACUAUAAACAUUACAGGAAAUCUAAGGAAGUUCAUGGUGGUGUAAUUUUUCGUAUUAUAUAAAAUAUGGUUCAGCAUGAACUCGGCAGCACGUAUUACCAGACAGAAGACGCGAUGCCCGCGCAGUUCCCCGACGUGGAGGUGCACGCCCCCGUGGGCCCCCAGCAGGGAGGCGGCGGCGGGGUGGGCGUGGCCCUCAACCUCAACUCCUCGUCGGCCGGCGGCGGCGGCGGCGGAGCGCCCCCCUCGGCGCGGUGGAACUCCGCGGAGGACGUGGUGGUCUCCGGCAUCUCGGGCCGCCUGCCCGAGUCGGCCGACAUCCACGAGUUCCGCGACCAGCUGUUCGCCGGCGUCGACCUGGUGACGGGCGACGAGCGCCGCUGGCCCACAGGAUUGUAUGGUCUGCCGGCUCGCACAGGCAAGAUUAAAGAUCUGUCGCAUUUCGAUGCGCCGUUCUUCGGAGUGCAUCCCAAGCAGGCAGACGUCAUGGACCCUCAGCUUCGGAUGUUGCUGGAGCUGACGUACGAGGCCAUUCUGGAUGCAGGCAUCAACCCUCAAGAGUUGCGCGGGUCCCGCACCGGGGUGUUCAUCGGAGUGUCUGGCAGCGAAUCGGACGAGUACUGGACCAGCGAUCCGGACAGGGUGAACGGCUACGGUCUGACGGGCUGCUGCCGGGCCAUGUUCCCCAACAGGAUAUCUUACACCUUCGACUUCAAGGGACCCAGCUUCGCGCUGGACACGGCCUGCUCGUCCAGCCUGUUCGCGCUGCACCAGGCGGUGAGCGCCAUGCGGGACGGCCAGUGCGACGCCGCCAUCGUGGGCGGGGUCAACCUCCUGCUCAAGCCGACCCUGUCGCUGCAGUUCCACCGCCUGGGCAUGCUCAGCCCCGAGGGCAUGUGCAAGGCCUUCGACGCCUCCGGCAACGGGUACGUUCGCAGCGAAGCAGCGGUCAUAGUGUACCUGCAGAAGUCGUCGAAGGCCAAGCGCGUGUACGCCACGGUAGUGAACAUGAGGACGAACACGGACGGCAACAAGGAGCAGGGCAUCACCUUCCCGUCGGGCGAGAUGCAGAAGAAGCUGAUCAAGGAGGUGUACGCGGAAGUCGGCGUCAACCCAGCGGACGUGGCUUACGUGGAGGCUCACGGCACCGGCACCAAGGUGGGGGACCCGCAGGAGGUGAACUCGAUAGCGGACGUGUUCUGCAAGAACCGCGCCGCCCCGCUCCUGAUUGGCUCGGUCAAGUCGAACAUGGGCCACUCGGAGCCGGCCUCCGGGCUGUGCUCCCUGGCCAAGGUGCUGAUCGCCAUGGAGAGCGGCGUCAUCCCGCCCAACCUGCACUUCCGCAGCCCCAACCCGGACAUCCCGGCGCUGCUCGACGGCCGGCUGCAGGUGGUGGACAAGCCCAUGCCGUGGAACGGGGGCCUGGUGGCGGUGAACUCGUUUGGUUUCGGCGGAGCCAACGCCCACGUCCUGCUGCGAUCCAACCCGAAGCCCAAGGCCCCCGCCAUCCAGGACAACAUCCCCAGGCUGGUGACCUUCUCGGGCAGGACGGAGGCCGGGUUGGACGCCUGCCUGCAGAAGAUUGAGAAAUUGCCGAGGGAUGAUGAGUUGAUCAGUCUACUUCACGACAUCCACAGCAACAACAUAACUGGCCACUGCUACAGAGGGUACACUGUUCUCGGAGCUAGUUCGACCAAUAGGGAGGUGUCGUUCUACAAAGGGGAGAAGCGACCCGUGUGGUUCGUGUUCUCCGGCAUGGGCAGCCAGUGGGCGGGCAUGGGCAAGGACCUCAUGCAGUUGGAGGUGUUCGAGAAGGGCAUACGCAAGUGCGCGGAGGUGCUGAAGCCGGAAGGCAUCGACCUCAUAGACAUCUUGGUGAACGGGACGGAGGCGACCUUCGACAACAUCGUCUACACUUUCGUCAGCAUCGCUGCCGUGCAGGUGGCGCUCGUGGACACGCUGGCGUCUCUCGGGAUCCACCCGGACGGCAUCGUGGGGCACUCGGUGGGCGAGCUGGGCUGCGCGUACGCGGACGGGACCUUCACGGCGGAGCAGACCGUCCUGGCGGCCUACUGGAGGGGACGCACCAUCCGCGAGGCCAAGCUGCCGCCCGGCGCCAUGGCGUCCGUCGGGCUGACGUGGGAGGAGGCGAAGGCGCGCUGCCCCGAGGAGAUCGUGCUGGCGUGCCACAACAGCGCUGACAACGUCACCGUCUCGGGCCCCGUGGACGGCCUGCAGCGCUUCGUCGAGCAGCUCCAGGCGGAGGAGAUAUUCGCCAAGGAGGUCAAGUGCACCGGGGUGGCCUUCCACAGCCGCUACAUCGCCGAGGCGGGCCCCCAGCUGCGGAAGCACCUGGAGAGGGUGAUCCCGUCGCCCAAGCAGAGGUCGUCCCGCUGGAUCAGCUCGUCCAUCCCGCAGUCGGCCUGGCACACGGUGCUGGCCCAGUCGUCGUCGGCCGCCUACCACGUCAACAACCUGCUGUCGCCGGUGCUGUUCCACGAGGCGCUGGCGCACGUGCCCGCCGAUGCCGUGCUGGUGGAGGUGGCCCCCCACUGCCUGCUGCAGGCCAUCCUGAAGCGCUCGCUGCCCCCGACGUGCGUCAGCACCGGCCUCGUCAAGAGGCUGCACCCCAACAACCUCGAGUUCUUCUUCUCCAGCAUCGGCAAACUGUAUAACGCUGGUCUACAGCCCAAGCUAGCUCGACUGCAUCAGAAAGUGAACUAUCCCGUUGCACGGGGCACACCGAUGAUAGCGCCCCUGGUGGAUUGGGAUCACUCGUUGGAGUGGAGUGUGGCAUCAUUUGCCGGGAAGAAUUCACUACGAUCCGGAGAAUCGGUGGUUGAAGUCGAUCUUUCCAAAGAGGAGGACGAGUACUUGGCGGGCCACACGAUCGACGGAAGGGUGCUGUUCCCGGCGACGGGUUACAUGACGCUGGCGUGGAAGGCGUUCGCGAAGCUGCAGGGCAAGGCACACGAGGACCUGCCCGUGGUGCUGGAGGACGUGCGGUUCCGCCGCGCCACCAUCCUGCCCAGGGACGGAUCCGUGCGCUUCCUGGUGAACGUCCUGGACGGCUCGGGGGAGUUCGAGAUCUGCGAGUCGGGCCAGGUGGCCGUGUCGGGCCGGAUCCGCGCCGCCGGGGACGCUGGCGGCGAGACGCUGGAGCUACCCGCGCCCGUGCCGUCGGCGGCUGCCGGCGCUGACGAGCUGGAGCUCACGGCCCGCGACGUGUACAAGGCCCUGGGCCUGCGCGGCUACGACUACAAGGGCGUCUUCAAGGGCAUAGUCUCCGCCGACAAUCGAGGCACGGUCGGGCAGCUGGCGUGGGACGGCAACUGGGUGAGCUUCAUGGACGCCAUGCUGCAGUUCUCCAUCAUGGGCGGGAGCGGGAGCGGGCUGUACCUGCCCACCAGGCUGCAGCGGGCGGUCAUAGACCCCCGGGGGCAGGGGCAGGCCCCGGGGGGCGCGCACGUCCCGGUGCACAUGCACCGCGACCUGGGCGUCAUCAGGGCGGGCGGAGUGGAGCUCCGGGGGCUGAAGGCGAGCCUCGCCCCGCGCCGCCAGCAGGCCCAGGCCCCGCCCAAGCUGGAGAAGUACGCCUUCGUGCCGUACGUCCGCGCGGGCGACACCAAGUCGAGCACGCUGGACAGCAACGGACGGGAGCGGGAGCAGGCGCUGACGGUGAGCCUGCAGAUAGUGCUGGAGAACUCCGGAGGAGCGCUGAAGCUCAAGGUGGCGGAGCUGGGCGGAAACCGGCCGUCCGACGCCCUCCUCGCCCCCGAGAUGGUCGCCAUCUUGGAGUCUGAGCCCAUGCUGCACGUGGACAUCUCCGUGCUGGGGCCGCGCCACGGGGAGUACUCAAAGUGCGAGGAGCUGGCGGCGCUGGGGGCGCGGUUCGCCUCGGCGGGCCCCUUCGCCGACCAGGGCCUGCACCUGGCGGCGGCCGGCGGGGCGCUGGCGGGGGGGGACCCCGCCGUCCUGGGGACCCUCGCGGCCUCCGUGAGGCCCGGGGGGUUCGUCCUGCUGGAGGAGCUGAUGCCCUUGGACGAGGCCGGCGUGAGGGGGCUCUGCCCCGGCCUGGGCCUCGAGGUGGUCGCCGUCCAGCAGGCCAGGGACAAGGUCUUCGUGCUGCUGCGCAAGGCGGUGGAGUGGCGGUCUGAGCCGCUGGUGGUCCGCGUGACGGGGCGGGACUUCGGCUGGCUGGAGGAGCUGAAGGCGGCCCUGAAGCGGGGCGAGGCGGAGGGAAGACGGGUGCUCGUGGUCUGCCGAGACGCCAUGUGCGGCGUGGUGGGGCUCGUCAACUGCGUCCGGCAGGAGGAGGGCGGAGCCUUAGUCAGGUGUUUGUUCCUGCGGGACGAGAAAUCUCCGGACUUCUCGCUCGACAACGCGGUGUACAGCGGUCAGCUGAAGAAGGACCUGGUGAUGAACGUGUACCAAGGGGCGGCGUGGGGAAGCUACAGGCACAUCAGGAUGGACAACAACCAUGACAGUGCCAUGCUCCAGGUGGAGCACGCUUACGUGAACACGCUGACGCGCGGCGACCUGGCCAGCCUGCGCUGGAUCGAGGGCCCGCUCAGCUUCCACCGGCCGGAGCUGCGGCCCGACGCGGAGCUGUGCCGCGUGUACUACGCCCCGCUCAACUUCCGCGACGUCAUGCUGGCCACGGGCAAGCUGCCCCCGGACGCCCUUCCCGGCGACCUGGCCGGCCAGGAUUGCGUCCUGGGACUGGAGUUCUCCGGCCGGGACUCGGCCGGCCGGCGGGUGAUGGGGCUGAUCGCCGCCCGGGCGAUGGCCACCUCCGUGCUGGCCGACCCGGGCUUCCUGUGGGAGGUCCCCGACGAGUGGACCCUGGAGCAGGCGUCCACCGUCCCUUGCGUCUACGCCACCAGCUACUACGCGCUGGUGGUUCGGGGCCGCAUGCGUCCCGGCGAGACGCUCCUGGUGCACGCGGGCUCGGGGGGCGUGGGCCUCGCCUCCAUAGCCAUCGCGCUGCACAUGGGCGUCACCGUCUACACCACGGUCGGCAGCCCGGAGAAGCGGGAGUUCCUGAAGCGCAGGUUCCCGCAGCUGACGGACCGCAACAUCGCCAACUCGAGGGACGCCACCUUCGAGCAGCACGUGCUCCGCGAGACGGGCGGGAGGGGGGUGGACCUGGUGCUCAACUCGCUGGCAGAGGAGAAGCUGCAGGCGUCGGUGCGGUGCCUAGCCCGGCACGGCCGCUUCCUCGAGAUCGGCAAGUUCGACCUGUCCAACGACAGUCUCCUCGGCAUGUCCAUGUUCCUGAAGAACACGUCGUUCCACGGUAUCCUGCUGGACUCCCUGUUCGAGUCCGAGUGUGACGAGAAGAAGGAAGUGGUCAGACUCGUGAACGAGGGCUUGAAGUCGGGUGCGAUCCGGCCGCUUCCCACGACUGUGUUCUCGGAGAACCAGGCUGAGCAAGCGUUCAGGUUCAUUGCCUCGGGGAAGCACAUCGGCAAGGUGGUGAUGAAGAUCCGCGAGGAGGAGCCCCGGAAGACGGUGAGGCCAGCCACGAAGCUGAUCUCGGCCGUCCCCAGGACGUACAUGAACCCGGAGAAGGCCUACGUGCUGGUGGGGGGGCUGGGCGGCUUCGGCCUGGAGCUGGCCGGCUGGCUGGUGCAGCGGGGGGCGACGCGUCUGGUGCUGAGCUCCCGGAGCGGCGUCCGGACCGGGUACCAGUCCCUGUGCGUGCGUCGCUGGCGGGAACUGGGGGUGUCCGUGCUGGUGUCCACGGCGGACUGCGCCUCGGAGGACGGGGCGAACCGGCUCCUCGCGGAGGCGGCGAGUCUGGGGCCCGUCGGUGGGGUGUUCAACCUGGCGGCCGUUCUCCGGGACGCCCUGCUGGGAGACCAGUCGGCGGCCGACUUCGAGGCGGUGUGCCGGCCCAAGGCGGACGCCGCCCGGAACCUGGACGUGGCCUCGCGCCGCCUCUGCCCCGAGCUGGACUACUUCGUGGUGUUCUCGUCGGUGUCGUGCGGCCGGGGCAACGUGGGGCAGGCCAACUACGGCCUGGCCAACUCGGCGAUGGAGCGCGUCUGCGAGGCGCGGCAGGAGGCGGGGCUCCCGGGGCUCGCCGUCCAGUGGGGGGCCGUCGGCGACGUGGGGCUGGUGGCGGAGGGCAUGGGCGGCAACGACGUGGAGGUCGGGGGGACCCUGCCCCAGAGGAUGAGCUCGUGCCUGGCCACGAUGGACGUGUUCCUGCAGCACCCGCACCCCGUGCUGGCGUCCAUGGUGCUGGCCGAGAAGCGGCAGGGCGCCGGCUCCGCGUCGGGGCAGGUCGGGCUUCUCGACGCCGUCGCCAACAUCCUGGGGAUAAAGGACGUGAAGACGGUGAGCGGCCACUCGUCGCUGGCCGACCUCGGCAUGGACUCGCUGAUGGGCGCGGAAAUCAAGCAGACGCUGGAGAGGAACUACGACCUGGUGCUGAGCGCCCAGGAGAUACGCACGCUCACGUUCGGCCGCCUGGUCGAGCUGAGCAGCAGCAGCAGCAGCAGCUCGGCCGAGCCGGUCGCCGGCGCGGUGAACGGCUCCGCGCCGCCGCCGCCCGUCCAAGACCCCGCUCAGGUGCAGUUUGAGAGCGUGGAGGAGCUGAUGCCGUCCAAGGUGCUGGUCCAGCUGCCGUCGCGGGCGCCCCAGGGCUCCGAGCGGCCGCCCCUGUUCGUGGUGCACCCCAUAGAGGGCGUGGUGUCGGCGCUGCGGUCGCUGGCCGCGGAGCUGCCGAUGCCCGUGUGGGGCCUGCAGUGCACCAGCGACGCGCCCCUGUCCUCCAUUCAGGAGCUGGCCGCCUUCUACAUCAAGCACCUGAAGGGGAUCCAGCCCGAGGGCCCGUACAUGAUCGGCGGCUACUCGUUCGGCGGCACGGUGGCGUUCGAGAUGGGCGUGCAGCUGGAGAAGGAGGGGGCGCGCGUGUCCAUGGUGCUGCUGGACGGCUCCCCCUCGUACGUGGCGGGCCACACGGUGCACUACAAGGCGCGGCACGACGGCAGGCUGGGCAAGCAGACCGAGGAGGCGGAGGCGCUCGCGUACUUCGUGUCGCUCUUCAAGGAGAUCGACUACCAGAAGACCACGAGGGAGCUGCAGACGCUGCCGUCGUGGCGGGAGCGGGUGAGCCGUUCGACGGAGCUGCUGGCGGGCGCGACGAGCUACCCCGCGGACCAGCUGGCGGCCGCCGCGGAGUCCUUCUACGGCAAGCUGGCGGCCGGCGACAAGUACCGGCCCCAGAGCCAGUACCAGGGCGACGUCAGGCUUUUCCGGGCCAAGGACAACUUCCUGAACCUCGGCGAGGACUACGGCCUGUCCAAGGUUUGCAAGAGGAAGGCCCAAGUCUACGCCAUUGAAGGCAACCACAGACAGAUCCUCCAAGGUGACAGUGCCAGGAAAAUAGCGCAUAUAAUCUCGUCGCUCGUGAAAGUGUAAUGUCUGUGAUAUGUGUGCGAACGGCGGUUUCGUCUGUUGCUGCAGUUAUUUAUUCAAAAUGAUACUCGGCACUACUCUAUCUGUGAAUAGGUGUAUUGUGUUUAUUCCCAGACUGUCUUUGCAAGUUCCCAGCGAAUGGCUCAUGGGUAUGUGUUUGUGUGCGUGGCAGGUUUCUACUUUGUGCAUAGCUGUGAAAUGCAGGUUCCUAGAUUUUGUUUUCCUCAGAAUCAUGUUUUAGACUCUUUGUCUGGCAACAGGUGGAAUAUACCUAGCCAAUGUAACUGUGUCGUCUAUUGAAUGAUGUAAGCACAAAGUAAGUUGAGUAGAGAUUUUUUUUUGCAGUUGUACACACAUGUGUAUAUUAAAUAGCUUUUGCACUAAAUGCAUUUAUGUAAGACGUGAGGAAACCGGUGUCAAAGGUAUCUUUAUUUGUAAUGUGAGCACUGAAAUAUUUUAGUUACAUUCUCCCAUGCUGUAAAAGUGUCAAGUGUGCAUUAGUUUGUGUGGCUAUUCCAAAUGUGUUGGUUGACACUGGCAUAAGCCCAAACAGAUUUGUGGUGUACAGUAAACCUUUCAUAUUGGUGGAGUCACUUGUCUGCACUAGCUGAAAGUAACAUGAAAUUCCAGAGAUGAAGUGAAUGUACAAAGAAUAUUAAUAGAAUUACAUUGUAUUAAUAAAUGUAUAAAUAAGCUU